UCUGACGGGUUCGGGGCUUGGGUGCGUGGUGUAUUUGUUUUGUGUAUCUAUGUCAUUACUUUGAAUUCAUGACCGAAAAUUACACCAAUUUGGCCAGUAACUGGAGGGUGGAAACGGGCGGCCAUACCUGGUCGUGCAAGCAGGUGCAGUGAGCGACUGAGUGUGCGAGAGAGCCGUGUCAGCCAUGGGUUUCCGUAAGAAGAACAAGAGCCCACCGGUACUGAGCCACGAGUUCGUGAUCCAGAAUCACGCGGAUAUGGUUUCAUGUGUGGCCAUGAUCAUUCUGCUGGGACUGAUGUUUGAGGUAACGGCAAAGUUUGCCAUCAUGUUUAUCACGGUCCAAUGCAAUGUAACUCAUACAUUUGAUGACAGACCAGAAUCAGGAAACCUUUACCAAUAUGGACCAAAAGACAUGGCAACUGUGUUCUUCUAUGUGCUUAUUGCCAUCAUACUCCAUGCCUUGAUCCAAGAAUACAUUCUUGAUAAAAUCAAUCGGCGGCUGCAUCUUUCAAAAACCAAGCACAGCAAAUUUAAUGAGUCUGGCCAGCUUGCUGCCUUCUACUUAUUCUCCUUCAUCUGGGGCAGUAGCAUCCUGACAGGGGAGGAAUUUGCAACAAAUCCUACCUUCUUAUGGGAGGGCUAUCCUCAUAACCACAUGGUUUUUCAGGUGAAAUUCUUCUACAUUUGCCAGAUUGCCUACUGGAUCCAUGCCCUGCCAGAGCUUUAUUUUCAGAAAGUGCGAAAGGAGGAUAUCCCUCGUCAGCUGUACUAUAUUUGCCUUUACAUUUUCCACAUUGCUGGAGCCUAUGUCUUAAACCUUCACCGUCUGGGCCUCGUCCUGCUGGUGCCACACUACCUGGUGGAGCUGCUGUUCCACGCAUCGCGACUCUUCUACUUCAGUGAUGAGAAUAAGCAGAAAGGGUUUACGCUGUGGGCACUGCUCUUCAUCAUCGCUCGCCUCCUCACCCUCACCCUCUCUGUCCUCACCUUUGGCUUUGGCUUGUCCCGUACGGAAAACCAAGGCUUCUCCAUUGCUGACGGAAACUUCAAUAUCCUGACUAUCAGGCAAGUCCCGAUCCUGCUCGGCCUUCGCUUUCUGCCAAAACAUUUUAAUCUCAGGCCCCUUUAAAUAACCACACUGACUAACAACCCCAGUCUGAGUCAAAGGGUGCUCUUCUUGACACCUUUUCCAACACACACUAAAGGCUGC